GCCCGCUCCAUCGCGAACGCCAUUAGAAGAACCUGGAUCAGCCGUUGGGGUGCCCCUUUAUCAUUCCACUCCGACUGCGGUCACAACUUCGAGUCACAGCUCUUUCAUGACGUCUGUGAGAUCCUUUCAGUACAGAAAACCCACACCACACCCUACCACCCUGAAGGCAACGGCCUUGUUGAACGGACCAACAGGACAAUUAACAACCUCCUUCUGGCCUUCUGCGAGGAUAACCACCGCCAUGAUUGGGACCUACACCUUCCCCUCUGCCUCAUGGCUUAUAGAGCUUCCACCCACUCAUCCACCGGCUUCACACCACAUUAUCUAUGGACCGGGUGCGAUCUACGCCUCCCCGUCGAUUUAUCCUUCCCCCUUCCCUCUCCCACCGACACUACCGUCCACGAUUUUGCCACGCAUCUCCGCGAGACCACUCGCUCGGCCCUCAACGCAGCUCGUACCACUGUUGGCAUAGCCUCCACCCGCCAGAAGGAAUAUUUCGACCGCCAUGCAGCCGAGAACCCGUUUCAGGUCGACGACCUUGUGAUGCGCGCGAAACCCUCUCACAAUAUCUCUUCCAAAUUUCAUUACCGG